UUUGAAUUUUUUGGUCUUCUUUUCUUGUCUUUAAUUUCUUGUUCAGGGCGAUAAGGAUUUUGGUGGUUCUUGGUAAGCUCCGGCGCCGGCGCGUCGCUUCUUUACCGGUUUCAAAUCCUUCUACGAUUUCAUGUUCUCGGUUGCGAUUCUUACAGGAUAUUCCUCCAGAGGUAUAUACCGGGGAAAUAUAGUUGCCAAUUUAGAAAUAGAAAUAGCUGACGCUGUUACAGGAAAUCGUAUUAAAUAUGGAGCCGAAGCCUAUGCAAAAGUUGAAAUUGUUGUUCUCAACGAGGACUUUGAUCCUAAUCAAGAGAGUUGGACAGCUGUUCAUGAAUCCAAUAUUCAAAUUGCUGGAGGAAGAGCUCGAAAUUCAGUGCCUUGGAAAUAUCUCUAUCUAAAUUUGCAAGGAGGCAUUGGCUGUGCGAGUGAAGUGAAACUGAAACACAGAGCGCAAUGGAUCAAGAUAAGUAGGGUGAGGCUAGGAGCAAGAGUGGUAGAUCUACCACAUCCAAUUAAAGAAGCAGUGACAGGAUUGUUCGUUGUCAAGGACACGCGAUUGAAAAGCCCGAAGCGUGAUCCGCCAUCACCAACUGAUGAGGUAUGGCGACUCGAAAAGAUUUACAGAAAUGGUCAGUUUCAUAAGAAGUUGCCUGCAAUGGAUAUCAGAACAAUGGGGGAUUUUCUAACUGAAUUCUCCAAAAAUGCUGCAAGGUUACGGGGCAUUCUUGGCCCAACAAUGUCUAAUCAUAUGUGGAAUGCUACUAUAACGCAUGCACAGAGAUGCAGACAUGAUACAAGACAACUCGUGCACUCUCCUGUCGAGACAUGUCAAAGAGUUUCCAUGGUUAGAUGUGGGGGCUCUUCUCCUGACAUGACUAGCAACCAGCACGAGUCAGAGGGUUUCUUGCAAAAAUUGAAGGAAAGUCUUUCUAGUGUUAUUAUCUGGGAGGAAUCUGAGCAAGUUCAAUAUGAAUAUCAACAAGAUAACCUGCUGCAGACCUGUUUAGAAGAAAAUGAGGUUUCCGAGUAUAUUAAUGAAUUACUAGUACUACAUGAAGGGUCUGCAAUAUCUUGCAUUCCAAACUUCAUUGUCUCAGCCAGCAACCACAACGGUAGUUGCAAAGGCAAGAAGCGCUGGACAGUGUUAUUUAUCAUACUCAGAUGGUUCUUGAUUAGGAGGGUUGUCAAAACUGAGGACCGAUUAGCCAAGAGGUCAAGAUUGUCCUAAGGAACCACAAAAACCAUCCGCACAAAGUAAAGUAACAUACUCCUUCCGCUUCAAAAAGAAAGAACCUUUUACUCUUUGACCAUAUUGUUUUUGAAAAAAAGAGCAGUCCAAUGCCAAGGCAUUCUGUAUUCAUGUAGCGAUCGAGGAAAGGUCGCACCGAAAGGUGUGAUAUAGACAACCUAUUUAAUGCAAACAUUAGUGGCUGAUUCAGCGGCUCGAACCCGUGACCUAUAUGUCAUACAGAGACAACUUUGCAGUUGAUUAAUAGUUUUUAAAUAUUUUGAAU